CCGAGAGGUUCUUUGUGUGUUAUGAUUCGCAUGCUCAGUACCAGGAAAUAGGAAGUUCAGGUAGGUGGGAUCUAACAUUCUGUUCCUGUGCCUCCUGUCCCUACUUCACAUUACUUAGUUUUCAACAGGCUAUUGCGGAAUAUAUUUUUCAGUGUUGUGUAGUCAGUUUCUGUACCACUCGAAAUCCAAAACGCGAAGAUGUCCUCCGCCGCGGAGUUGAUGCGUGAGGAGAUGCUGCACCAGCAGCGGCAGCAGAACCAGCACUCCAAAUCCGGUAGCUCGACUUCGCACUCAACCUCGAGAAACACCGCUGGCGCAGCUGCCGGCGGCUCUUCUUCCUCUUCCACAGCUAAUGGAAAUAAUCAUGGAGCCGCAGCAUCUUCAUCCACAGCUAUCACCUCCUCUUCCUCCUCCAACAAUAUCGCAAUCUACGUCUUCGACGAAACCACGAACCAGUCCCGAAACUUUCAGUGCAAACAGGAUGUGUUGUUAAAACACAUGAAAUACUUCCGAAGCUACCUAGCUGGUUCCAGCAAAUCUUCCUCCAACACGACCACCCCAGAGGACGACAUUAACGAUGGAACGGGUAGUAUCGCAAGAAAAAACUGCUUCACUGUAAACUUGUAAUGUAGAAAAUGCAUCUGAGAAGUGUUUGUCUUACUACACAUGCAAGACAAUGGAUUCUAUAGCUGUGUUUCCUUUUAGGGAUCUCGCAUGGCAAAUUUUCUCUGUGAUGUAGAACAAACUUGUGAUGCAGAACUUGCAAAGUCCUUACAGUGAAACACUUUUUUCAUACGAUAUGUCGUAGUAAAAAACAACCACCAAACAAGCAGAAGAAAAAAAAGGACCAGCAGGAGCAGCAGGUGGAGAUUUCUGUCCACUGUGACAUCGGCGUUUUCGCCUGGCUGGUUCGGUACAUGAGCAAUCCGGAAUUAAUCGCGAGUACGAAAUUGAACGCAAACAACGUCAUCAGCAUUUUGAUUUCCGCGGAGUUUCUGCAGAUGGAGUUGCUGGUGCGGCAAUGUGUGGAAUUUCUGGUGAACCCAGGAACAAGUGGCGGAGGAGGCGGGGGGAACAAUCCGUAUGCACUGCAAAAGCGUCGCGUCCCUGUUACUUGUAAUAUCGCAUGACAGAUCUGCUUUCUGACCUACAUUUGCAUGGUAAAUUUCACUUGUCUACGGCUUGCAAGAAUUUGUCAUGCGGUUUCCACUAGAACUAGAAGCAAGUAGACCAACAAGCGUAGCCGUAGGAGCAAGACGCAUUCUGCAAUGCAUAAUCCGAAUGCAGCCGGCGCACUCGUUCCCGGAACACAAAACUUUUCGACGUCGCCUACCGGAGGUGGGUCUGUCGCCGAGAGCGCGACUGGGGGAAAAUUUCCGGCUCUGGAUCAGGUAAGUGCGUGAGUUUCCUUCUCACCUUCACCUGAUUCAUUUUCAUGCCACUUUUGCAUCACAAAAUGAGUCUGCUACCUGCAGUACUUCCGCAUGACAUAUUGGAAACAACAUAUACACCCUAUCAGGUCCUGGCCCUUCCAAUCGACCUGAACUGUUUGAAUGAGGAGCUACUGGAUUUCCUUUAUCAAAUGCAAAAAUGUCUGGGUCUGGAAGGUUGCAACUUGUAACGCUGUCUUUGGAACGUAACAAAAAUCUGUAUUGCAUGACCAGCAAGAGGAGCGCAGUUUGUGCUACGUCGCGGAGUGGGCGUUUCUCAUGCGGAAUACGCAUCAGAAGGCCCUUUAAAAAUCUGUGAUGCUAUGUCAUGCAUUACAGGCAUCACGGGUUAUGCAAAAUAUGCAUGACAAACCUGGCAAUCUUCCAGACCCAGACAUUUUUACAUUUGAUAUCCUUUGCGAUAAGCUCAAAGUCGAGGAAUUGGACAAAAUCGUUGAUAACGAAGACAAACUGGUCUACAAACUCUACGACGUUAUGCAUUGCAGAAGUAUCGUACUCGUAUAAAAAUAAAUUGCAGCACUGCAUGACAAAUCCAUUAUACAAUCUCGAAGCAGCAUGACAAAUUUCACUUUCGUUUUGCCGAAAUUUUUGAUGCUGUUUUCACUACUACGAAGAUGCAGAUGCUUUUGCAAUGCAUAGACGUGCAUUUGAAACGGUUGCUGAACAGCAGUCCCGAGCUAUCCAAGAAAAAAACUGUGUUAGUGUAACUUUGUGUUGCAGAAAGUGCAAAGGUGUCACACUUGUCAUGCUGGACAUGCAUCAGAGGCAACUUUCGUACGUGUUUUCACGUACUAGCUGCGCAUGACAGGUUUUCUGUGUCAUGCAGAACAAACUUGUGAUGCUAUUCCUCCAAGAAACUUGCACUUACAGUUACACACUUUUCUUCCUGGAUACGAGCUUUUCCGCUGCGUCUUCUGCCGGGAGCUGUUUUCCCUGGUGAUGCCCGGAGCUGGGGUUAGCAAGGCGAAAAAGCUCCUGCUUGGGGGCGGUGGAGGAGGUAGUAGUGCUGGUUCUUUAGCAAGAAGCAGGAGUCGAGAAAACGAAACAAGGAACGCCGGGGCUGGUACAGCAAGUUCGCCGCAAAGAAGAGGCAGUGCAACUGCCGGUGGUUCCUCAUCUUCCUCGUCCAGCAGCUCGUCUUCUAGUUCGUUGAGAAACAGCACUACUGCCGGAGCAAAAGUCCCGACUCGAUCUCUCAAAGAACUGCAGCUCGCGUCGAGGAAAAUCAUGAAGCAGAAUCAGCAGGAGAAGAAGUUACAACAAGACACUUCCAAACAAGACCACGAGGAGUUCAUGAAAUGCCCGAAGGCAGAAAUUUUCAUCGACUUCAACGGCAAGGUGAUCGCGCAACACGUAAAAGACCGCGAUUUCGACUUCUACGACUACGCGGAGUACGAAAAGCAGAAACGGUUGAAUUCCAGCUCUGAGCAGCAUGGCGGUUCCAGCCUGAAAAAAACGAAGAUGCGGGAUUUGUUCUGGUCGGUCUUCGGAAAGUUGAACUACUUGAAGUGCAAGCACUGCGACAAAACACUCUCUCUGUCUACUUUUGCGGAGGGGUUGAAUUGUUGGUAUCAUCCGUUGAAGCCGGGUCAGAGUCAAACGGCGCUGAGAAGUGGAGGUGACAGCAACGUCGUGUCUUCCACUUCUAGCGAGUCGGAGGACAUUCUGUGUGGUGCGGUAGACGGUACAACUGGGGUAGUACUGGCAACGACAUCUUCUGCGACAAAAAUUGUCGACCCAGUCACCGGCGAAUUGAUCGUUGGACCCAGCUCUACUUCUUCUACGCAAACUGCGGUCCUCCUGAAGGGCAACAGGAUUGUCGACAAUGUGUAUCCUUGUUGUGGCCUACCAGUAGUGAAGUUCAACCCAACCGGAUCCUGAGUAAAAACGUACCCACACCAGAGUUGUCAUGCGACUUUGCCAUGACAGGAACAUUUGUGAUGCGCAACCCCAUGACAGGCAUUUUCAAUCGUGUUUGGGAACUUGUAAUGCUGUAAACAGGAUCAGCAGAUCGAUUUGUGAUGCGGCUUUCCUUGCUAACUUGCACUACCUCACGGACUGAAACUUGUCAUGCGUGACUCACAAAACUCCUAGGUUUGUGUUGCAAAAUCCCCAUCCUGACUCUGGUGUGGGUACGUUUUUACUCAGGAUAAGCCGGAUCUUCGGUGCGGAAACUGAGUAAAGCGAAACAACAGAUGGACCAUUAUGACGGCCGGAACAGCGAUAGUAGCAGCAACAACAACCGCGAGCUCGGGUGCAGAGUUCGGGACCACGAGCCGUUGUCGGUUUACUCGACGACAACAGGCGGCGGCUCUGGCUCGUCUGGGGAGGAGAGCAUGUUCCACCGAGGGAGUUCGGAGCAGGAGAAUUCAGUAGGCGCCGGAGGUGGAGAGGAUCAGGACCAGGAAGUGGAUGAGCAUCAGGCGUUUUUAACAACUGUCUUAUCCUCCUACGGUGGGAUCAUGAACACCUCAACCGAUUGGUGGACGAGGGAUUUGUAUGCAAUGCAAAAGCAUCGUACGAGUAAGUAAAAAUUGCAUUACAAAUUUGCUCAGCAUGAUGACAAAUGCAGUUUGUAAUGCUGUAUUACGUUUGGAGGAAGAUUUGUCACGCAGAUUUGCAAUUAGUACGAGUGCGAUACUUUUGCAGUGCAUAAUUUGAGGCCACGGGGGAUGGCGGAGGAGGAUGAAGAUGCAAUGGUGUUGGAUGAUGAUGAUGUAGACCUCGACCUCUCUAUCCUGUGCAAAAGUAUCGCACUCGUAUUGCAGUCAUGCAUUACAAAUCUUUUGCUUAAGGUAAAUCCGCAUUACAAAUUUUAUUUGUUUCUCAUGCUGGGGAAAUUUGUAAUGCAUUUAUACGAGUGCGAUACUUUUGCAAUGCAUAAUCUCCGCAGCGCAACAGCAACUCCGGGCGUCCUCGGGAAAUUACAGAAAUAAAGGGAUGUAUGGAGCAGGAAGUGUUGGGAGCAGUCAUCAGCACGCGUGGGGAAGCUCGUCGUCAAACCACAUGGGCACGUAUUUGCAGGGGGAGCAACGUAUUGGUUUUAGAUUUGGUUGCUUCAUCUCGAAAUUUCUCAUGCACGUGUCUGUAACGCAUGCUACUCCCAAGUACGACAUCCUGCAUGACAAAUGUACAUCAGUUGUUUCCAUUUCGCGCUAGAACACAAAAAACCCAUUACUAUCAGUCUACCACCCCCGUUGCAGCUUUGACCGAGCGUAUUGUUUCGAGCCACUCCCCGAAUACGCCCCGCCAUUACGCGGGAGCAAGAUGAUAGCAGCGGCAAGUAAGAAACUAGCACAGCAACAGUUCCUAGGUGGUGGUACCAGACACGGCAGCCAGUCCCGGUCCAGGUACCAGCAACAAAUCAUCGGCAACAGCUUCGGAGCACCAAAACGCGGAUCUUCUUCCUCCGCCGGUUACGGGUACUCCUCCACGAUGUCUCUAGUUCACGGUCAACCGCAAUACAACCAAACGACGUUUUUUGAUUUGAAGUUCCCGGGGACAAAUCGGAGACAGCGGGACCAAAGGCUGGACAUGUUGAGGGAGGACGAUAAAAGGCGGCUGGAGAUCAUGAUACGAAAGCAGAGGAACCACCGGAUGCAUGCCAUGCAAAGGAGCAUGAACGCAGCUGCAGCUCUGGCUGCGAAGAGGGGAAAAUUGAACAGAGCCGAGUUGAAUGCUGACCAAGCAAGCGGCGGAACAGGAAUGUUAGCCAACAACAACUCACCGGAUGCUGGGAAUGCGAAAAGGAAGAACAAGAGUGGCACGCUGAAAGCACAAAACCAAAACACGACUCUGCUGAAUAGCAAUUCGUCCAGUAGCGUCGUUGGAAACAACAGCAACAAAACGCGGGCCAGUGGUGUCGCUAGUACCGGAGCAUCAAACGCUAGCAGUGCGAAGCUGCAACAAGGCUAUCGGAAAUCGCGCAUGGUGAUGGGCACUGGGGCGAUUCGGCCGACCAGCGCGGGUGGGUCGGGAACGAUGCGGAGGUGAUAAGCAUUUUUUGCUUUUGCCUUGUCCUCUGAAAGACCACUAUCUUCUUACCAGUACAUGCAGCUCCUUAGAUAGAUUAUGACUGUGAUUCUGUUCUUCAGUUCAGUAUUGAUGAGUUCUUCGUUAUUUACAGCGCCUCGAUGUUCUUGACAGCACGACAUGAUCUCAUGAAAAUGUAUUGGAAAAAUAUUGGGGUAAAACUAAAAU